UGUGAUAAAGUGUCUUUAUGGACUGAACUUAGAAAUAAAACAGGAUGACAUCCUUUCACACUUUGACUGCUCAGAUAGGACCAUGCUGAAGAAGGUGUUGCUUUUUGGGCUUGGAGGAGCUGUGGUCCUCACAGUAGGCAUCUUGCUGGGACAUUUCGGGAUUAAGGAUGACAGCUCGUCUUCAGAGUGCGCUCAGGAAGCUGCCCGGGAUGUUGACGAGAACUUUGUCACGCAGUUCAUCGAGGAGGUGGCCGCAAUUCAGAUAGAAGAGAACCUCAGGACGCUGACCCGGGUGCCCCACAUGGCCACCACUGCUGGGGACGAGGCCACGGUGAAAUACAUGCUGAGCAGGUGGCAGGACCCAGACAAUGGCCUAGAUGAUGCCUGGAGAGAAGAGUACAAGGUUUACCUCUCCUUUCCUAACGAAACAGUUCCAAACAAAGUCACAGUCGUUUCCUCUUCUGGUAGUGUCCUGUUUACUGGUACUGAGAAGGAGAAGCCUUACGGACCUGAACAGGAAGACGAAGCAGUGGUUCAGCCAUACGCAGCAUAUGGUCCUCCUGGACAUGCAAAGGGAAAGCUUGUGUACGCCAACGAGGGUAAGGUCAGCGACUACGAGUACCUGAACAAGACCAUGAACCUCGCUGGCACCAUUGCCAUCGUCAAGUACGGAGGAGCAGGAAGAGCGGCAAAAGCCAUUAACGGUGCCCUGUUUGGAGUGGCUGGGGUGCUGGUGUACACAGAGCCCCGGGACAUAAACGAUGGAAAAAUGUCGGACUCAAGUGAGACGUACCCCCACUCCUGGUACUUGCCCCCAACCGGGGUUGAGAGAGGAUCCUUCAACACCCACUUUGGGGACAUGCUGACACCAUACCUGGCUGCAAAAGAGGACACGUACAGGAUUCCUGAAGCUGACAUCACAGGGAUUCCGCCCAUUCCCAUACAACCAAUUGGGUUUCAGGAUGCCUACGAAUUAAUCUGUGAGCUUGAUGGACCUGGAGCUCCAGAAGCCUGGCAAGGAGCCUUCAACUGCACAUAUAAUGUUGGAGGGCCGGGAUUCAAGUCCACAUCCAAAUUCAAUAGCAGUGACGUGCAGUUGGACAUCUACAACUGGGCUGAGUUGAGAAACUCUUCCAACGUCAUGGGAAUCAUCAGAGGCAGUGUGGAGCCUGACAGGUAUGUCAUCUACGGAAACCACAGGGACAGCUGGGUGCACGGGGCCAUCGAUCCCAGCAGCGGCACAGCGGUCAUGUUGGAAAUAACCAGGGUGCUGGGGAAGAUGGUGAAGGCUGGGAAAUGGAGGCCACGCAGAUCCAUUAUUUUCGGAAGCUGGGGAGCGGAGGAGUUUGGACUCAUUGGGUCCACCGAAUACGCUGAGGAGUAUCAGAGCAAACUAAGGCAGCGGACCGUGGCCUACAUUAACGUGGACAUCUCAGUGUUCGCUAACGCGACCUUAAGGGCCCAAGCAUCCCCCAUCGCCCAGAGUGUUGUGUUCACAGCCUCCAAACAGGUGAAGACGCCGGCGUCCGACCUGUCUGUGUACGACAAUUGGAUUCGCUAUUUUAACAGGACCAGCCCCACCCAUGGCCUCAUACCACAAGUACCCUACCUGACAGGAGCUGGAAGUGACUAUGCUCCCUUCAUGCACUUCCUGGGAAUCACUUCUAUGGACAUUUCCUACACUUAUGAUAGGAGUAAAACAAAAGCCCGGAUUUACCCCGCAUAUCAUACAGCCUACGACACUUUUGACUACUCCUCCAAGUACAUCGAUCCAGGGUUCACCAGUCACCAGACGGUGGCGAGAGUGGCGGGGAAUGUGCUGCUGAGACUGGCGGACAGUCUCCUGCUGCCCUUCAGUUGCUCCGACUACGCAGAGAGCCUAGAGCAGUACCUCAGCACCGCGGUAGAGAGCUUCAAUGAGAAACUGGCACAGCACGGCAUCUCCAUGGUGCCCCUGAAGGAUGCUGUGACCAAGUUCCGCACGGCCGCCGACGGCUUCAACGGCCGGAUCGAGAGCGCCGACCUAGCGAAGGAGUCGCCACUGAAGGUUCGAGGGAUCAAUGACCAACUCAUGCUCCUGGACCGGGCAUUCCUGGAUCCCCUGGCAUUCCCAGAAAAAAUAAGUUACAGGCACGUCAUCUGGGCCUCUCGCUCCUCCAGCGUGGCCACCUUCCCAGGCCUUGCAGAUGCCUUUGAGCAGGCUGAGAAGACCAACCUCAAGCAGGACUGGGACCAGGUGCACAAGCAGCUGUCCAUAGUGACCCAGGCUAUUGAGGGGGCAGCCCACACCCUCGAGGAAGUAAUCUAACAGGGACAACAUUUGUACUUCUGCAAAAAUGUUCUCUCUAAGCAGAGUAAACAGAGCAUCGUACACCUCAGCAGCUAGAAAACACAAUAUCCUUCAUCAACGGAGCACCAUGUUUUUAUGACACCGGGUAAAUAAAAUUUAGAAAUACUUUUUUCUUUUUGGGGGGGUAAUGUCCAGGGUACACAAUAGAGAAACUGAGCUAGGGAAGAGAGAAAAAAAAAAAAAAAAAAACACAUUUGUUUACACAAAUAUGAACCGUCCAGUGAUUAUGCUAAAUAUGAUUUUGAAAUUGCCCGAAGGACUUAAAGUAAAUCAAAG